GUCACCGACACAAGUAAACUCGAAUCAAGCGUUAAAACCCCUAGUGGCUGUUGUUGGUGCGUACUUACAAUAUCAUUACGUUUAUGCUUAAUUACCGCGUCUCAUCUUUGCCAGGCUGGCUCUCUAGACAAUAUCUGCCCCCAUAAUUAUUGUAAAUAGCCCCAAAAAUACUAAUAUCAGAAAACUUUAUACAUCAAUAAAAAUAUCUUAUAACACAAGUGACGACAAAUCAACAAUUAACACUUACCAUUAACGAAUUCUCCCUGCAAAUGUCGAAACUACCCCCAAAUCCGCCAUUAACAAAUCUAACAAAAGCCACAAAAAGCCGCUUCUCUCUUUCACACUCUUGUCUCCACUCAGACACUCACUUCAAACUUUCAAAAAAAUGUCGGUACUGUGUUUGCGUUUAUGUCUCUUUCUGCUAUUACCAAUCGCGAUUAGCAGCGUCUCCACCACCGACCUCCCUUCCUUUCGAGAAGCCCCGGCGUUUCGAAACGGCAGAGAAUGCUCCAAAACGACAUGGUCACCGGACGACCGCACACACAACCCUUCCAUCAUCCACAUCGCGAUGACACUCGACGCCAUCUACCUCCGCGGCUCAGUGGCCGGAGUCUUCUCCGUUCUCCAACACGCCUCCUGCCCCGAAAACGUCGUCUUCCACUUCAUCGCAACGCACCGCCGCAGCGCCGAUCUCCGCCGCAUAAUCUCCUCAACUUUCCCUUACCUAACCUUCCAAAUUUACCACUUCGACCCUAACCUCGUCCUCAGCAAGAUCUCCUCCUCCAUCCGCCGCGCGCUGGACCAGCCUCUGAACUACGCCCGGAUCUACCUCGCCGACCUCCUCCCCGCCGCCGUGCGCCGCGUGAUCUACCUCGACUCGGACCUCGUCGUGGUCGACGACGCGGCGAAGCUAUGGAGGAUCGAUCUCGGCCGCCACGUCGUCGGAGCGCCGGAGUAUUGUCACGCGAACUUCACGAACUACUUCACCUCGAGGUUCUGGUCGAGUCAGGGUUACAGGGCGGCGCUGAAGGGGAGGAAGGCGUGUUACUUCAACACGGGAGUGAUGGUGAUCGAUCUUGGGAGGUGGAGAGAAGGGAGGUUCACGGUGAAGCUCGAGACGUGGAUGAGGAUACAGAAACGGCACCGUAUCUAUGAGCUGGGGUCUUUGCCGCCGUUUUUGCUUGUGUUCGCGGGAGAUGUUGAGCCGGUGGAGCAUAGGUGGAACCAGCAUGGGUUAGGAGGGGAUAACUUGGAAGGGCUUUGUCGUAAUUUGCAUCCAGGGCCGGUGAGUUUGUUGCAUUGGAGCGGGAAAGGGAAGCCGUGGCUGAGGAUUGACUCCAGAAGGCCUUGUCCGUUGGAUUCGCUUUGGGCUCCGUAUGAUUUGUUUCGUUAUUCACCGUUGAUAUCUGAUAGCUGAUUAAUUAAUUAGUUUAUCAUUGGACGGUGGAGAGAGUUGUGUAACAUAAAACGUUUUGGAAGCUAAAUUCAUUUGGGCCAGUGAUAGGCUUUUGAAACAUUGGGCUUUUAGAUUUAAAGUUAGCAAAGGAAGGCUUAAGAGUUUGGGCCAAGAAGCCCACGCCUUUUGUGCCAGGAUAUUCCACAAGUCUACAAAUUCUUUAGUUGCAAAUGUCUUGGGUAGUGCUAUAUAUUAAUCUUUGAAGUAUCAAGAUUUUGAAGACUUUUGAUGCAUAUUUAAAGUUUAAGCUGUCCUUGUUUGGCUGAUUAUUAUACACGGAAGGUACCG